CUUCUCCAUAUCUCCCUCCCGUUCAUCAAUCCAUCUCAUUUACACCGUACAACAUGCCGAACCGUUUGGGAAUUGCCUCGAUGUCGCUGGGUCGACCGGGCAUUCACAGUCUUUCCGGCAAGCUGCACCAGGCUGCUCUGCACGGCUACGAGGGCAUUGAGCUGUUCUUCGACGAUCUCGACCACUUCGCCAAAACCCUGUUCCAGGGCGACCACGCCGCGGCGGCCAAGCAGGUGCGCCGGCUGUGCGACUCGCUGGGGCUGAGCAUCAUCUGCCUGCAGCCCUUCUCCUUCUACGAGGGGCUGCUGGACCGGGCGGAGUCGGAGCGCAUGGUCACCGAGAAGCUGCCGCGGUGGUUCGAGCUGGCGCGCAUCCUCGACACCGACCUGAUCCAGAUCCCCUCCAACUUCCUGCUGGCGGACCCGGCGACGGGCCAGCUGCGCACGACGGGCGACCGCCGCGUGAUCGUGGCCGACCUGCAGCGGGUGGCCGACCUGGGGUUGCAGCAGUCGCCGCCCUUCCGGUUCGUCUACGAGGCGCUCUGCUGGGGCAACCACGUCGACACGUGGGACGCCUCGUGGGAGGUGGUGCAGCAGGUCGACCGCCCCAAUUUUGGCCUGUGUCUGGACACCUUCAACCUGGCCGGGCGCGUAUACGCGGACCCGGCCCACCCCAGCGGCAAGACUCCCAACGCCGAGGCCGACCUGGCCGCCUCGCUGGCCAAGCUGCGCGCCUGCGUUGAUGUCAAGAAGGUCUUCUACAUCCAGAUCGUCGACGGCGAGCGCCUGAGCGCCCCCCUCGACGAGGCCCACCCCUUCCACGUCCCCGGCCAGCCCACCCGUAUGAACUGGUCGCGCAACGCCCGCCUGUUCGCCUUCGAGGAGGACCGCGGUGGCUACCUGCCGGUCCAGGAGGUCGCCCAGGCUUUCUUCGAUACCGGCUUCGAGGGCUGGGUCUCCCUCGAGCUGUUCUCCCGCACCCUCGCCGACCCCCACCCCGAUACCCCGAAGCAGCACGCCCUGCGCGGUCUCGAGUCGUGGAAGAAGCUCGUCACCCGGUUGGAGUUGAAGGAUGUGUCGCCUUCGGUUUCGUAUACGCCGCUGGCCUCCCCGGCGGUGGAGACUCCUGCGCCUGCUUCGCCGCUGCAGCACCGUCUGUGAGCGCACUCGGUGGCUUGCACUCCAGUAUCACUUGAGGUAUCAUCCGUGAUGGAGCUCCCUACCGUGACCCGUCGAGCACGGACAGAUAUCUCGUCUUCAACUUCAACCCCCUCUCGAUCAUGUCCGUGACAUAUAGGAGUGAUCGAACGAUAUACCCCCAACCCACCUUCAUCAAUAUCCCUUCAGCCCGCAGAUACGGCUGUACACUAUGCACAUAUUCCUGCUUCGACAAUUAGCAUGGGCCCUGUAUUUGGAAUGAAUGUAACGACACACUUGGUUCCUGUUUUUUUCUGUUCUUAUUUUCUCGCACAGUGUAGAUGUUAAGAUUAU